AUGGCCUCCAAAUUCAUUCCUCGCAACGUGUUCCCCCUCUCCGAGUCGAUACCACGAUCAUAUUUCCUGGGUCAUCAUAAAGCGGGCUUGGAGAAAAUGAAGAAGAAGAUAGAUUCAGUAGAUUAUGUCAUUGAAUGCCGAGAUGUGCGGAUUCCCGUCACCUCCAUCAACCCUAUGUUUGAGGAGGUGCUUGGAGGGAAACGGCGUCUCAUUGUAUAUACGAAGCGUGAUUUAUUAAACUCAAACGACAAUAUCUUGCGAAAGAACAAAGAGAGGGUCCGCAAAUUGGACAGCAAGGCGGCCGCUGUUUUUUUUACCACCUCCACGUUCUCACAUUCUGGAAAGCCGAUACUUGAGCAAUUGAAGUCGGAUGCUCGUGCAACUAAUAACCUGGGCACUUGUCAGGUGAUGGUGGUUGGCAUGCCCAAUGUUGGGAAAUCUACAUUGAUAAACACACUUCGAAACGAAGGGGUUCAUAAAGCCAAAGCUGCACAGACUGGGGCACAGCCUGGAAUAACGCGGAAAAUGGGGACUCCGAUAAAAAUUCUGGACAGGCCUAAUGGAUCUUCCGUUUAUAUCCUGGAUACACCGGGUGUUUUUGUCCCUUACAUUCCCGAUGCAGAAAGGAUGUUGAAAUUAGCUCUCUGUGGGUGCGUGAAGGAUACGAUUAUUGCACCAGUCACAUUGGCCGACUACUUAUUGUACCAUAUCAACCAAAACAAGCCGGACGUCUAUGAGAAGUGGUGCGAACCUACUAACGACGUAAAUUUACUCCUUGAUCGCUUUGCUCACCAAACUGGGCUGCUUGGAAAGGGCGGCAUACCGAAUAUUGACCAAGCUGCGCUUAAUCUUGUGCAAAAAUGGCGAGCAGGUGAAUUGGGGGGCUUUUUCCUAGAUGACAUACGAGCGGAACUAAAAAAGGAGCGUGAUACUCAGAACGCUCUUGGGAUUGGACUAUAUAAGAACAAAACGCCUGCAAACAAAAGAAAAAACGCGAGAGACGCGCAGACGACUUAA